AUGACAGAUCAAGAAAUGACAGAUAUGCAUGAACAUACCAACAUGAUUGGCUCAGAUGAUAUGCUUGGUAAAUUGGUCAAGAGAUUCUUUGUUCUAAGGAGGGGUUUGGAUCCCAAAAAAAAAUUGAAAAAAGAAAAUGGUAGUCUUAUUGUACAUGAUCAAACAAGGGUAGGAUGCAAGGCACUGUUGUAUAUCAAGAAAAGUGAAGAUAGGUGGACUGUUUCUAGAUUUGUAAGAGACCAUAAUCAUGAACUAUUUUCCCCAAACAGUUCACACUUUCUUAGAGUACAUAGAAGCAAAACCAAAGUGCAAAAAAAACUUAUUGAUGUGCUUGAUGAUUCUGGUAUAGGCCCUAGUAAAAUAGCAUCAGUGUUAUGUAGCGAGAGUGGUGGUGUUGAUAAUGUUGGAUUUAGCCAACAAGAUGUUAUUAAUUAUUUAACUGUGAAGAGACAAAAACAAUUAGAAAAUGGAGAUGCUCAGCUGAUGUUAUCGUACUUUAAGAAUUGUCAGUUGAAGAAUCCUGGGUUUUUCUAUGCAUUUCAAAUGGACGCAGAAGGUAAAUUAGCAAAUUGCUUUUGGGUUGAUUCAAGGUCUAGAAUGGCUUACAAAUAUUUUGGUGAUGUGGUGACUUUUGAUCCAACAUACUUAACAAAUAAAUACCUAAUGCCCUUUGUUCCAUUCACGGGAGUUAAUCAUCACCAACAGUCUAUACUUUUUGGUUGUGCUCUGUUAUGGGAUGAAACUGAAGAGAGUUUUGUUUGGUUGCUACGUACUUGGUUAGAAGCAAUGGAUGGAGUUAGUCCUAAAACUAUUAUCACUGAUCAAGACACUUCUAUUUCUAAUGCAGUUGCACAGGUUUUUCCAGAGGUGAAUCAUCACUAUUGUAUGUGGCAUAUUCAGAAGAAAGUUCCAGAGUACUUGAACCAAAUCUAUCAUGAACAUAGUGAGUUUAAAAAUCAAUUUCAGAAGUGCAUUCGCCAAACUAUUGAAGAUAGGGAGGAUUUCUGA